UGCCUUAGAGACAGGCAGGACGAGGUAACAGGAAGCACCAGACCAAUGAGUCCUCUCAACAGAGUAUCUCUCACUGCUGCCCCACUUGAUACAUCUUCGUUGAGCUGGCCUAAGUUCAUGCCAGUAUCUGUGUUAUAUACACAUUGUGGAACCAGUGUGAAGAACGGGGUGCGUUUUAGGUGCUUGAAAAGCAAGGGACCCAACCUCCAGUGGGAUCCUCAGAUUGCUCUCCGAGCUGUCUAGUUGGUGAGAAGCUUCCCUGGGGGAAGAUGCAAUCUCCUUUGGCUGGUGGGUCCCUGAGGUCAAACUGGACAAGGAUGGGGAACCAUAGAACAGGGAGGGGGGCAAUGAAAAGGUGCAGGACUUGGGCGCCCCGGAGCUGCACCGGCUGGCCCUUGAACAGCCAGGCACUUCUUGAGGCAUGGCCCUGUCCAGGUGCGGGAGAGGCUUGGGUCAGCUCAGCUACUCUGGAUGCUUCCUUGUGUCCCUGCGGGUGAGAGGUGGUUGCUACUUGGUAUCUCAUGGUGGAGAAAGGUGCAGGAGGUGAUCUUUUUUUAUGUCAGCUCCCUCCUGGGGCCCAGAGAGGGAAGUUGGCCUUCCCCCCACCCCCCACACGCCACUUGAGGAUUCGCAGGGGAUGCAGCAAGGGAGGCUGGGCAGAACCAGGCCUUAGUGGAUGGUGAGAGAGCCCAAUCCACUAAUCCAUCCAUCUUUGGAAGAGAGGAACACUUCACCAGCCUUUUUACACAGGGUCCCUACCUUUCUCAAUGACCCCACUUCCUCCAGCGGUGGGCGCUGGGUUUAAUCCCAGCAGUUUUUACUCAACGGCUGACCAGUUUUCCAGAAACCACUUUUUAUUUUGGUCAACGUAAUAACUCUUAGGAAACGGCAACUCAGGUGAUCCAAAUCACACAGACCGGUCUAUUCUCCCCCCUACUGGCUGCCUAUGCAGUCGGGUCGACCUCGAGAACUGGCCCCAGCCAAAAGCGGCACCUCCUGGUCUGCCAGUCCCUUCCUGCCUUAGGUAGCUCCUCCCAGAAGCGUUUUUGUAGGGCAAACUGCCUUCCCUCAGUAAGGUAGGGCCUUUGGAUCCAAGGUUGCAGUUUAAAGACCACCCCAGCUUUGUUGAGGAAUAUAGUUUUAAAUCCCACCCCAGGCGGAUAACACCAGGGCUCAGCCGCAGGAAUGAAAAAGUGGGGUGGCAGGGCUGCAAAGUCUACGUGGGGCUUGGAGGCCCUGUGCCAUAUCCGGACUAAAAAUGUUCUACGAGUCUCUUAACGCUCAUCUCCGUGCCCCCUUGCCCACCAGGGCCCACGGAGGUCUGAAGCUUUCGGCCUCAGUGAGCGGACUGGGUGCGCUCACGACCUGGAGGGCGAGAUGAGAUGUUCCUCGGUGUGAAGUGGCGGUGACUACCCCAGCACUUUGCGUUCCCCGCGCAGGCGACGAAACGGGCUCUCGAGGGGAGAGAGCCGUGCGUCCUCUGGGCCGUGAAGCCGGGGGAAGAGGGUUCCUCUAGACGGCUCGACGUGCCCGGGAGAGACUCCCGCGCUGAACCUGCAAGCUGGGGCGCUCCACCAGCGCGAACCUCUGACCCCGCACUUGCCGCAGCUCUGGUCCCGUGGUAGGCGGGGUGGGCGGGCCGGCAAAUCCGCGGCUCCUGCGUCUAUUGGCCUGCUCGGGGCAGCGCAGCUCCGCAUUGGCCAGGCCCUUGCUCCGCCCGGCUUCCGCGCGCCCAUUGGUCGCAGGCUCCCGACCGGGUCGCGGCCGCGCGCUCCGCCCGCCGCUGCGUCCCCACUAUGGCGGCGCCCAUGCAGCCCACCGCGUCGUGGGCGCCCGCCGGGGUCCCCCGCGGCUGUCGCCGCCGCCUCCGCCGCCGCCUCCGCCUUCCUGCCCCGCGUCGGGCCGGGCGCCACCUUCCCCCUGCCUCCCUCUCCGCUGUGGUCAUUUAAGAAAUCGUAAAUCAUGUGAAGAUGGGACUCUUGGUAUUUGUGCGCAAUCUGCUGCUAGCCCUCUGCCUCUUUCUGGUACUGGGAUUUUUGUAUUAUUCUGCGUGGAAGCUACACUUACUCCAGUGGGAGGAGGACUCCAGUAAGUAUAGUCACUCUAGCUCAUCCCAGGAGAAGCCUGUUUCAGAUUCAGUGGUUCUUUCCUUUGACUCCGCUGGACAAGCACUAGGCUCAGAGUAUGAUCGGUUGGGCUUCCUCCUGAAUCUGGACUCUAAACUAAGUCCAGACUCUCUCUGCACAGUGGUUUUUGACCUUGACUGCAUAUUGGAAUCACCUAGAGAGCCUAAAAAAUUACUGAUGCCUGCAUCCCAUCCUCUAGAGAUUUUGAAGUCAUUGAGCGAGGACACAGCCUUUGCAUUAGGAUUUUUAAAGCUGCCCAAGCCUGCUGAAUUAGCCACCAAGUACGCAAACUUUUCAGAGGGAGCUUGCAAGCCUGGCUAUGCCUCAGCCUUGAUGACGGCCAUCUUCCCCCGGUUCUCCAAGCCAGCACCCAUGUUCCUGGAUGACUCCUUUCGCAAGUGGGCUAGAAUCCGGGAGUUUGUGCCACCUUUUGGGAUCAAAGGUCAAGACAAUCUGAUCAAAGCCAUCUUGUCAGUCACCAAAGAGUACCGCCUGACCCCUGCCUUGGACAGCCUCCGCUGCCGCCGCUGCAUCAUCGUGGGCAAUGGAGGCGUUCUUGCCAACAAGUCUCUGGGGUCACGAAUUGACGACUAUGACAUUGUGGUGAGACUGAACUCAGCACCAGUGAAAGGCUUUGAGAAGGAUGUGGGCAGCAAAACGACACUGCGCAUCACCUACCCCGAGGGCGCCAUGCAGCGGCCUGAGCAGUACGAGCGCGAUUCUCUCUUUGUCCUCGCCGGCUUCAAGUGGCAGGACUUUAAGUGGUUGAAAUAUAUCGUCUACAAGGAGAGAGUGAGUGCAUCGGAUGGCUUCUGGAAAUCUGUGGCCACUCGAGUGCCCAAGGAGCCCCCUGAGAUUCGAAUCCUCAACCCAUAUUUCAUCCAGGAGGCCGCCUUCACCCUCAUUGGCCUGCCCUUCAACAAUGGCCUCAUGGGCCGGGGGAACAUCCCUACCCUUGGCAGUGUGGCAGUGACCAUGGCACUACACGGCUGUGACGAGGUGGCAGUUGCAGGAUUUGGCUAUGACAUGAGCACACCCAACGCACCCCUGCACUACUAUGAGACCGUUCGCAUGGCAGCCAUCAAAGAGUCCUGGACGCACAAUAUCCAGCGAGAGAAAGAGUUUCUGCGGAAGCUGGUGAAAGCUCGUGUCAUCACUGAUCUAAGCAGUGGCAUCUGAGUGGGUCCAGCACACAGCCAUAGAGGCCUAGGCACCACCAGGAGCAGCAGCCGCCAGCACCACCUACACAGGGGUCUUUAGACACAGAGAAGGACAGUGCCAAGGGCCCCAGGGGCAGCGAGGCCUUGGUGGAGCAGCCAGAGCUGUGCCUGCUCAGCAGCCAGUCUCAGAGACCAGCACUCAGCCUCAUUCAGCAUGGGUCCUUGAUGCCAGAUGGCCAGCAGGCUCCUGGCUGUGCCCAGCAGACCCAGCAUGCAGGCAGGGGACACUGGGCAGCAAGGCUGCUGCCAGAAUCACUUCUCCAAUCAGUGUUUGGUGUAUUCUCAUUUUGUGAAUUUGGGUAGGGGGGAGGGUAGGGAUAAUUUAUUUUUAAAUAAGGUUGGAGAUCUCAAGUUGGGUCCACUUGCCAUGCAGGAAGAGGCCCACUAGAGGGCCCAUCAGGCAGUGUUACCAGUUAGCUCCCUGUGGGGCAGGAGUGCCAUGACCAGCCUGUACCUUGCUCUGGGGCUACAGGGUGGUGGGCAGGAUCUCAAGCCAGCCCCCUCCAGCUCGUGACACUGUUUGGCCUUUCUUGGGGAGAAGAUGGGGUAUUCCCACUCACCAGCCCUAGCUGUCCCAUAGGGAAACCCUGGAGCCGUCCCUUUGGAGCCAACAAGACCGCCCCAGGGCUACAGCAGAACUUGAAAGCUCAGGAGGGUGACGCCUGGCUCGGCCUGCUGGGAAGAGCUCCCCUCCACAGCCGCAGCUGAUCCAGAGGACUACCGCAGGCCUGGACUCACCAACUUGCCACAUGGUCUAGGUUUCAGCAACAAGACUGCCAGGUGGUUGGGUUCUGCCUUUAGCCUGGACCAGAAGGAACUGAGGCCCAAGGACCUUACCCAAGCUGUGGCAGCCGUCCCAGGCCACCCCCGUGGAAGCAAUAAAGCUCUUCCCUGA